UUUAAGGAUUUAUAUCAGUCUGUUUUGCUGUCGGGCGUUAGCUACAUUUUUUUUGUUAGAUCCGUUUUUAGACUCUACGCGGUCUGCCAUCUUACGUGAGAACGUCGCUGUUUUGUGACAGCAGAAGGGGUUCGUCCAAACAGGAAUUAGGUUGGGGAAUUUGAGGUGCUGUUUGCUGUGGCCCGAAUACCGCCCAUGCUUUCCUGGCUAGUUGUAUCAGCCGAGUAGAAUAACGCACCUUGUCGCAUUUAGUCAUGGCGACAUUACAUUUUAAGAAGAAUAAGUCAUCUGCAAGUCCUCCUGAAGGCUCUCCAGGCUCGUCUUCGCCGUCCUCCCCUGUCAAUGCUAGUCAUGGCUCUCAGCAAACUACUGCUGCUGCAAACAAUGCUCCCAAGUAUGGUACCCUUGUUCCAAAUCGUAUAUUUGUUGGGGGCAUCUCUGGCAAUACAACUGAGAGUGAACUUGCUCAACUGUUUUCUGCCUAUGGGAACGUAAAAGCUACUAAGGUGAUCAGUGACAGGGCUGGAGUGUCCAAAGGAUAUGGCUUUGUAACAUUUGAAACUGCAGAAGAAGCUACUCGUUUGAUGACACAGGAGGCCGACGGCAUCGUGCUGAAAGAAAGAAAACUAAACAUCGCACCUGCUAUAAAAAAACAGCCCUUUGGUCGUUCAUAUGAGGUUGCAUCCCCUCCAGCUGUACAUGGCAAUGCAAUCCUUUGCCAGAAUGGUAUGCCGUAUACUUUCCAUAAUGGUGUGGCAUAUUUUGCAUCUGCAUCAACUCAUGCAGCUGCGUCAACACCCUUAGCAACUGGUGGGGAUCCUACAAUUUAUCCAGUCUGUGUUCCAGCAACAGCCGCCGCAGCAUAUGUGCCCCAGGCAGCAGCAGCUGCUGCUGCAGCGGCAGCAGCAGCACACUCGCCCCCAGCCACGUAUCCUAUUUUUUACCCAUGCACGGCUCAGCCCAUCUACAUGUCGCAGCAGUUCCAAUAUCCAACUCUUGCGGCUCAAAGUUCACAUCAGUUUGUUUAUGCGGGGCCAGCAUCUACUGCAUCACCAGGCACAGGGCCAGCGGCAGGUUCUGUCCCAGCUGGAAGUGGUGGCAGUGGCGGUGGUCCUCCAACCACUCCAUGUCAGCCACAACCUGCAACUGCCCAUACUGCUGUUCCUCCUGCAACAACGGUGCAUCUUGCAGCAGCUCCAGCUGCCGCCCACUAUUACGGACCAAUGCCUUCUGCACACACAGCACCAACAGCAGCUGAUCCUUCGGCUCCUGAGCUUUAUUACAGUGUGACACCAGUGCAUCCUGCUGCUCACCCAUAUGCAACAGCUGCACUGUUUGCAACUACUCCAGAUGGUUUUCUCUUUGAAACUCAGCCUGUCACAGAGUCUUCAAGCAAUCACUCUCCAGAGGAUAGUUCUUCCAGCUCCAGCCGAUCUGAAGUGGGCCAAACAAGAUGUGUGCAGCGCGAUAGUGACUGUAGUGGGACCCAUUCACAGGAUGGCUCUUGCCCACCCAUGCCUCCAGCUCCUGCUUCAGCCCCCCCUGUGGUAUCUUUACUCAAACUGCAGCAACAGCACCAUCACCACAAUCAUCACCAUCAACAGCAACAGCAACAACAACAACAGCAGCAGCAGCAGCCACAACCAGUAGUGCCUCUUCAGACAUGUGAUGAUAGUAGUUUAGGCCCACAGUUUCGACAGUUACCAACCCCUUCAGCACAUGUGAUGUAUGGAACACCUGUCUUCUUUAACCAUCCUCACCACCAUCAGCAACAACGUACACAGCCAGCCCCACCUGUACCCUAUAGGCAACCCCGUAUGCGCCGCCCCCAGUAUCGUCGAGAACCUCCGUCACUACCAUCUACACCAAUACGCCCAAACAGUGUUGCAGCAGGAGCUGGGCCACCUGGACCCCGGUAUGGGUUUCCAGCUGGUAGGCGUGGGCCAGGUGCAAGUUCAUCUGCACAUCGCCGGGCUCAGUCCCCACCCUCUGCUCAUACUCCACCACCCUUGCCAUAUUCACCUCUCAUUCGUUCCCGGGCUCCCUUCCCUCAGCCUGUUCCUACCCCUUCAAACCAGUUCCAGGGUGCGCCUCCUCGUCCAGCGACAACAUACUUCCAGUCAACUACGUCAGCAUCUGGCACUGAUGGUCCACGCCGCUACGGGCCUCGCAAGUCUGGUCCGAAUAAUGGUGGACGUUAUGCCGGGGGAGGAGGUGGUCCAAAACCAGCAGCAACGGUGGCGGGAGCAGCCACAGCUCGUUUACCUGCUCCAGCAAAUUCAUCAAGCCCUGAUGAUAGAGCUGGAGGUGAUGGUCCAGCAGUUGUAUCAUUACCACCCUCGUGCACUGCUGUCCGGGCUUCGUCACCUUGUGAAUCUGAGACAACUGUAAUUACAGCUGCUGCAGCUGUGGCAGCUGACUCAACUCAUGAAGUCUGCCGUGAACUACAAGCUCUUACAGUCUAGGAUAUAAAUAUUAGUUGCCUUUUCUGUGAACAAUUUCUAAUAUAGGAUCCUGUCGUGGAUAAUAUAGAUUAGUAUAUAGCUUAAGGAAUAAGAUUACUGGGGAUAUUGCUAUAAAGUCAUAGAAGGUGAAUUUGCUGAAGCUCAGUGAAUUAACGUCACUGAGCUGCUGUGCUCUUCAGCACUAUGAGCAACCAGUAAAAGUGAUAUUGUACAGCAAGGCACAUGAAUUAGCAUAUUAGUUUUGAUAAUUGUGUGUUUGUUUGAUAAGUUUACUUAUGUAUGUAUUUCUCUGGGUGAUUGUUGUUUAGUAGUAUGUUUGGAAAAUUUCAAAGAGAAGAGAACUUUAUUUGAAACAAACAAGUGAUAGCAAAAUUGUUCAUUCUGUUAUAUUUGUGUGCCUGUGUGUGGUGUGUGUUGGUGGCCAGAACUGUGUUCAGCUGGGUAGUGCCAGCAAAAAUGAAUAUAUGUAGUUAAUAUUCAAGAUAUAAUAAUAUAUUAUAUUAAUGUAAAUGUAUAUGUAUAUACAUAAUUGUAUGUAUGUAUAUAUGUAGAAUGUAAAGGCAUUGUGUGUACAUGUGGAAGUAGAUUUAUAUUUAAAUUAUAAGAGGAUAUACAAACAGUUUAAUUAAAAUAGCUUUUUUAAAAUAAAAUAUGUUGCCUGAAUGUGUUUAACUUGCAAUAGAAAUUUGCAAGUUAAUCUUCUGGAAAGUGAAACAUAUUGUAUGCCAAACAAUUUUUGUUGAGUAAUGUUAUCUGGCCUUGAGAUGUUGUCCCUAUAGUUUCCCAAGCUCACUGUAAUAUACAAGACAUAAGUCACAUAGAGACAAUAGUGACAUGCAAGACACCACGUAUUCUGCUAAGUCGUUUUUCUUUUGAAAAUAUGUGCUUCCACUGGGAAACUACAUUCAAAGACUGGAAAACAAUAACCAAUUACAUUAGAGUCCAAAACAUUAAACUAAUAUUUUCGCUAAUAUCCGUUUAAAAAUGAAAGCAGAGUAACAGAACAAUUAUCAGUGUUACAUUAUUAUGUGAUUUAUCGACUGACGUUGGGUCUAAGACAGUGUUAGUGUAGCAUAAAGAUUUGUUUAUAAUGUGAGAAGUGUAGAGAUUGUACUCAGAAUCUUGAGGAACUGCGUUGUUGAAACUAGUAAGAGCUUGUGUGUCAAAUGCUAAUAUAGUCUUGUAUUUGUCUCGGUGGCAGCAUGUGAACACAAAGCAGUUUUGAGUUGCACAGUGAGAGAAUGUGAAAAAUAUUUUAGUGUAAUUUUGGUUUAUGUUGAGCUGCCCUUGCGUAUAGAGACUGGUGUGCAGAUAAUUUGCUCAUGACUGAAAGCAUGUGUUCUGUGUUCGCAGAUUUUUCCCUUUCUUUAAGGAGAAAACAUCCAGCAUUGCUCAAAUGUCAUUGCCAAAUUAUUCUUUAUAUUUAUUAUAUUUGCAUAUUUCAAAAUAAUAUUCAGCAGGUUCUGGAAGUUCCUAUUGAUAUACUGUUGAAAUUAACAAAUUCGUUUACGGCAUCUGCACAUUUUGUGCCUCCAGCCUAAUACUAAGUCUAAGGUGAAGUUUAAAUGAAUAAUCGUUAUUUCCUUCACAGUACUGCUGUCCUCAGUUUUAACUACAAUUAUUCAGUUUCCCCAGUUCUGACUCAGUUUUAGCAUGAUUUUAAUUGGCACUAACACUAAUGGCAAUUAAGUUAGUUGGCUAUUAACAGUGCACCUGUGACAGACUUACUGAAAUGGAAAAAAAGCAAAGCAAACUGUAAAAAAUUAAAUUGUUUUAUAAAAUGAUUUUAUUACUGUUGUGUAAGAAUACUUCUAUCAUCUAAAUAUUUUAUGUGAUGGACAGUGGUAGACUGGUGCCAAAAGUUUAAUAGUAAUGUAUGAAGGUGCCAAAAGUUUCAGAGAAAAGUGUGCAGCAUUGUGCUUCUGCAAUAUGACAUCCAAUUUACACAUUAAGCUUUUGUAUUAGAAAUAUUUGGCUCCUCACAUUACUUUUCGGCCUAAAUUAUUAUGAUGGGACAGAAAUUCUCAGGAUUAUUUUAAUGAUACCUAGUCAUGCAAUAUUGCCAUUGUUGUGCUGACAAUAAUGAUGUGUGUUCUGAUACACAUUAUAAGAACUUGAUCAGGGCUGAGGUGAUCAUAGAGACAGCACUGUUGAAAUUUUAACUUUGUUUUUCAUCUUAUUCCCUACCAAAAUAGUGUUUCACUACCCACAUUAAGUUUAUGAGGCUAUUGCCUCUUAAUAACUGUACAUUAUUACAGUUAAAUCACUACUAUGAUCUUCUCAGCCCUAUCUUACCUUAAGUAAGGCUGUGAGUAUCCUAUAAAAGAAGAAAUAACUAGAUGGAUUAAAACUAGUGCCUUUUGUAUGUUAUGAAAAGCCUAAAUGCUAAGACAGAGUUAAUGUUAAGGUUAACUUAUUUAAAAUCUGAACUGCAAAGUGUGAGUGAAUCAACAUGUUUUUGUCAUUGUGUAUGUGUGAGUAUUGUCAUUACGAGUACCUGUGUAAAGUAUAUUGUAUGUGUCCUGAAAUGUCGUCAUUGAUGUUACUAUGUAUAGUAGAAUAAAUAAAAUUUUGUGAUGUAAAAAGUCAAAUCUGUGAAGCCCAUGACAGAAAAAUUUUUGAGCCAGCUCCCCAGCCUUCCAGUAAUGGUGCUGUUGUUAGGUGUGUGGAAUUUGGCUAAGAAAAGAGCUUAAAUCAUUUAUGAAGAUUGUUGAAAAUUUCAUCUGUGAAAGUAUAAAACAAAUGGAUAUUAAUGAAAGUGAUAGACCUAACUAGUGCCUGUGAGUCACUAAGCAUAUUGGAGCAAUUUAGUAGUACCUUACGAUAAUUGUCGCAAAAUGUUCAGCUGAAUGUAUUGAGUAUAAAAUGCCAUUUCUGUGUCAUUUAUAGUACAAAUGUGUGCAAUAAAUUCAUGCUCUUUGCAUAGUAAAAACAUAGAGCACAAUAAAUGAGCUCAUAUGCAGACAUUGUCAUGGUACUAAAUUGUCUGUGAUUGUUUAUUUAUUUUUUUAAGCAUACCUCCAGUUGUACCUCAAAAUUUGAGAUGUUAAAUUACAGUUGCAAGUAAUGUAGCAGCUGAUUGAUCAGAAUGUGUAAUACUUGUUUCUGUAAGAAAUAAAACUAAUUUUUUUCAUUGUACUAUAUGUAAAAUAUAUGGUUAUUUAUAUGUGUAAACUGAUGGUAAAAUAAAGC